UCGAGUCAACCAGCUAAUAGCGUGGCGUAAAAUUUGCGGUGCAGUUGACGCAGUUAGCGUGAACAGCUGUGACGUUAACUUGACCAUUGGCUGGCGGCGGAAAGGAUCGAUUCUAUUUCACACAGGUUGUAAAAGUACUCUGAAAAGCUUCGAUUUUUUUAAUGUGGACGAGUUUGCGCAAUGAAUCGAAUGGUUUUUGGGAAUUAGGAGGUCAGGAUUUGGGAUUUACCGAUACGGCGUCGUCUCCUCCGCCGGACGCCAUGAAAGAGCCGACGAAGCUGGCUGAAGUUGAAGGUACCAUUCGUGGUCUAUUAGAAUCGAUCAAUCGAGUCCAAUUCUUGAAGGGCAAAUGGCUACUGAUCAGUGUGAAACUCACCGCUUUGCAAUCCCAUCUAUCCCAAGUUCCGAUUUCGUCGGAAAACCCGCUUUUGACGGACCUUCUCUGGUCGCUCUCCGCCGCCUGUUCCUCCGCCGCGUCUCUGGCCGCCCUCUGCCAAUCACCGAGUCCUCCCGCCGGUGGGAAGCUCAAGACGCAGAACGACAUCGAUUCAGUGUCGGCGAAGCUCGAUUCGCACAUCAACGACCUCGAAGUGCUUUCCCAGAGCGGCGCUUUGUCGACCUCGUCAAACGCCGCUCCGCCGCCGCUGCCGGCGGCGGCAUCUUCGAAUACCAGGGAAUCAGUCCGGGCGGAGGCUCGGAAUCUGAUGACGCGGCUGCAGAUCGGAUCCAACGCUUCUAAAAGCUCGGCUCUCGAUUCGGUGCUGGGACUUCUACAGGAAGAUGAUAAGAACGUUCUGAUUGCGGUGGCGCAGGGGAUAAUACCAAUCCUUUCCCAUUUACUCGAUUCGAGCUCCUCCUCCGAGAUCAAGGAGAAGACAGUUUCCGCCAUAGCCAAAAUCUCCACCGUGGAUUCAAGCAAGCACGUCUUGCUCGCGGAGGGAUUGCCAUUGGUAAACAACUUGCUUCGAGUGCUCGAAUCCGGCAGCAUUUUUGCAAAGGAAAAAACGUGCAUCAUUCUUCGAGUUCUGAGCAAUUCGAAGGAGAACGCCCGGGCAAUUGCAUCCCGAGGUGGAAUAUCGUCGUUGUUAGAGGUUUGCAUCGAAGGAACGCCGAAUUCGCAGGCAUUAGCCGCCACCGUCCUCCGAAGCCUCUCUGUUUUCGAAGAAAUCAGAGGGGAGUUCAUUGAGGAAAAUGCAGUGUCAACGCUGUUAUCAUUGUGCAAUUCGGGUACUUUUCCAGCGCAAGAGAAUUCGAUCGGAUGUUUAUGCAAUUUGGUAUCCGGAAACGAUGAAUUGAGGCUGUUUUUCGCUGCUCAAGGUGGGAUAACAAGGAUGAAAAAUUUCUGGGAUUCAUCUCCCUCUGCUCAAUCCCUCGAGGUGGUUGUUCAUAUGACGAGAUCAUUGUCCCAAUGCCCGAAUAUAGUCGAUUCUUUAUUAGCAAACGGUUUCGUUCCGCGCAUAGUUUCAGUAUUGGGUUGCGACGUUCAAGGCGCGAGAAUAGCUGCUGCAGAAGCAGUGUAUUAUUUAGGGCUGAAUAGCAGCAGCAAGUCAAGGAGGGAAUUCGGCGAAACAGGGUGCAUUGCACCGCUGGUGAGAAUGAUGGAUGGGAAGGCUGUGGAGGAAAAGGAGGCUGCGGCGAAAGCUCUAUCGACGCUGGUAAUAAACUGCGCGGCGAAUCAGAGGACUUUAAGGAAGGAAGAGAAGGCAAUCGCGUUGGCAGUUCAGCUGCUGGACCCUUUGCUGCAGAAUUUGGACAAGAAGCAUCCCGUCGGGUUACUAGCUGCGCUCGCGCAUUCCAAGAGGUUCCGGAAAGAAAUGGUCGCCGCUGGGGCUCGGGAGUAUCUGAAAAAGCUCGCCGAAAAGGAAGUCGAUGGUGCGAAGAAGCUUCUCGACGGUCUCGGACAUGGGAAGCUGUGGGGAGUCUUUGUUAGGCCCUGAUGAAUUUGCUAACCUGUUUUCUGUAAUAAUAAUAAUAAUCUUUUCUAGUGUUUUUAGCUAGCUCCUUCAGUUUUAAAUUUUAUUCUUAUUAGGUCUGAUCUUGAUUCUUUUGGCUUCCACAUUGUUCAUAACCUCUGGCUUGAUGUUAGCAGAUCAUGUUCUUAACAGUCUUUUCUUUUGAAUACAAGUUAUGCAAAUUCAGUUGACAAA